GGGUUUGAUAUCUCAUUACUUUCAUUACGAACGAAGCCUUCUUCUUUUUUAUACUUAAUUUCUCAAGCACUGGACUGCUUUUUUGUUUGAAUUCAUUCAUUCAUUUUUUUAUAUUCUCUUAAUCUUGUUGUAGAGGCAUAAUUUGUUUUUUCUAGUUAAUUUUAUAGUUGUAGUAGCUCAGGCUGGUCUUGCAUACAUCUUAUUAUUAUUAUUUAUACACAUAUAUAUAUCAAUUCCUUUCAAAACAAGUCGAUUAAUCAAUCAGUCAAAUCAAAAUGCCUGGAUUAAGAAAUCUCAUUGGAGCGGUGGUUGGAUUGGCAGCAGUGGCAUCGGCUCUUCCAGCGCUACCUAGGCUCAAUGAGAGAGCGCUGAAGAUGUACGAGUGGAAGAGACAGGUUACCGAGACGGGCUUGCCGGCUAAUUUGACGGAUGUGGAUAUUCUGCAAUUCGCACUCACUCUCGAGAAUCUCGAAACUGCCUUCUACCAGCAAGGAUUCGCCAAGUUCCCCGACUCCGACUUCACAGCUCUGGGCCUCACAACCCAAGAUAUCACCAAUUUGAAAAUGGUUGCCAUGACAGAAGCUACUCAUGUCACUACCCUCAUGACAGCUAUCUCAGCUGCUGGCACUCAACCCGUCGCGCCUUGUACCUACAACUUUGGUUUCACCACCGCCCAAGCCAUGAUCGCCACAGCCAACGUGCUCGAAAACAUCGGCGUGAGCGCCUAUCUCGGCGCCGCGCCCUUAAUCAGCAGUAAAGCGGUUCUCACUGUCGCGGCAGAAAUCGUAACCGUCGAAUCCCGCCAUCAAACAUUCAUCCGCACCGCGUCGAAAGUGUCUGCCGUCCCCUCCGCCUUCGAUACUCCCCUCGGAAUCCGCAAUGUAUUUUCCCUCGCUGCCCCAUUCAUCUCUUCCUGUCCACAAGGAUCCAACUUGGCAGUUACGCCAUUCCCGGCUGUGACGCUGACGACGGCUAAUGAGGCGGUUACGCCGGGCUCGACGUUGCAGUUGACGACGACGGCGCAGGGAGCUACCGCUUGUGCGUUUACGAAUGGAGGACAGACGGGCGGGACUGCUUUUACUCCGUUUGCGAAUGGUGCGUGUACGGUUCCUCAGGGAUUGGCGGGUGAUGCGUAUUUGAACUUGGCGAGUCAGAUGCCGGCGACUGGGGCGUUGACGGAUGAUAUUACAGUGGCGGGACCUUUGGUGUUGGCCAUUUCGUAGAGGGGGUGAGAUGGGUUGUGGUGGGCGUGAAGUAUGAUAGGGAGAUGGAGGAAAGGGAAGAUGUGAGAAUGAGAGAAGAAGUUGAUAAAUAACAUAACUCGAGGAUCAAAUCGUGAGUUAUGAGAAUGAGGUGGAGAAAUGAAUGUAGAGAUGAGCUUGGACUGGUCUCUUAACACGGGGGGAAAAAUUGAUUGAUUGGGUAUCGUAGAAAAAUGCAGGACUUCAAUGUCGGACAAGAUGAAUCUUUUCUUUUCAUUUUUCAUAUGGUCUUAUAAUUUUCUUCUUUUCUUCUCUCUUCUUCCCUUCUCUAAUUACUUUGAUUUUUGUUGUUGGGUUACUUAGAGAGAUAUUAGGCUUGUUAAUCUUCGAUGUUAAUCUGACUCGUUUGAUACA